AUGGGUCAACACAUCAUGGGUCAACACACCAUGAGUCAACACAUCACGGGUCAACACAUCAUGGGUCAAUACACCAUAGGUCAAUACAUCAUGGGUCAACACAUCAUGGGUCAACACACCAUGAGUCUACACAUCAUGGGUCUACAUAUCAUGGGUCUACACAUCAUGAUUCUACACAUCAAGAGUCAACGCAUCUUGGGUCAACACAUCAUGAGUCAACACAUCUUGGAUCAACACAUCAUGAGUCAACACAUCAUGGGUCUUCACAACAUGGGUCUACACAUCACAAUGCAUCAAGAGUCAACACAUCAUGGGUCUACUGCAGACCAUAAGUCCGCCCACCAUAAGUUUACAUGA